AUGGAAGAAGUUGAUGGAAAGGGAGAAGCGGAAGAAGAAAAUCCUGGUGAAAAUUUAGGUCUUGUCAAAGAAGUGCAUUCUUCCGUUGUAAGUGACACUAUAGACGCUAGGUUUGCUAAUGCUGCAUUAGGGGCGGAGGAUGUGAAUUGUCCGACGAACUUUCAUCACAGUGUGAGUGCUAAGCAGUCAGGAAUUACUCAACUGGCGGCUCCGGCAGGUCGAUGUGCUCCACCCACAGCCACAGCUGGUGUAAAAUACACUAGAAACAAAAGACGUCGAGAAGUUGAACAAACAGCAGGGCAAAAGUCGCAAGCCAAGCAACCGAAAGCCAACUUGCCGUCACCCGGUGAUAAGGAUGAUGUUGAGGUUGACAUUGGAACUCUGAAGCCGUCUACGUUGCGAGAACUGGAGUCGUUUGUUGCAUCCUGUCUCAGUAAGAAACCACGUAAGCCGUACAAGAAGCUUUUAUCGACGUCAGAAGAUGAGCUGAUAGCUAAGGAGGAGCAGGAAUUGGAGAAGAGGACGCAGGACGUGACAGGACAGGUUGAGUUGGCAAAUAAACUGCUCACGACAGAGAAGAGCAAGUCUGUGGAUGUUGGUGUCAUCUCCGACCUUUCAGUCUCCAGUUCCAGCAGUUCAGACAGAGACUCUACUAGGUCUAGUAGUUCGGACAGAGGUUCAAGUAGUUCCAGCAGUUCGGACACAGACUCUACUGAGAAUAAGGAAAUUUCCUCAGACUCAGCCAACGUAUCAGAAUGUAACUUUGUAUCAGCUUUCAAGAAAAAUAAUGUGAAGAAUGGCAGCUCCUGGUCUUUUCUUGCCCGAGGAUUAUCUCCACAAAACACAUCUGGUCCCAUGACUUUCUCUGUCAGUUCCACCAUGGACAACAGCUUCCAGGCGUUUAAGAAGCAGACAGGGGAGAAGAUGGAUCGGCAAUGUGCACUCGAGAACCGCUACUGUGACCACCACCUGGAGUGGGGCGUUGCACUUUCAGCUGAAGGGAAUUACCCAGCGCAUCAGGGAAUCCCUGCAGAAAUCUGCCGCUGUCGUAGGCCACUUGGUUGA